AUAAUUUUGCGAGUGCAGGACUUGUAAUUGUAUCACUUAAUGAAGCAAAAGAUUCGAUUUCAGAUAUUGCAGAUCCAACACAAAAAACUGUUGACAUGCUUGAAGCAAAUCUUUUAGCUUUACAACAAGAAUUAUCUAGUAAGUCUGACUUAAUUGAGAAUUUGACAAGUGAAACAGAAUUGGUUGCAGAGUUACGAUCACGACUUGAAGCACUAAAAUUAGACAUCAACAGUAAACAUGAGCUCAUUGAAGAAAUGAGGAAAGAUUUAUCAGAUAAAAAUAAUAUCCAACAACAACUUUUGGAUAAAGAAUCUGAAGCUACUACUUUAAGACUUCAACUUUCUGAAAUCAUGAGACGAGAAGAAGAAAUACAAAAACAAAUCAAAGAACUUCAAGAAACUGCUCAAGUCAAAGAACAAGCACUCAUAGAAUUAAAUCUUUUAAAAAAAGAGUUUGGUGCAAAAAAGGAAGUUAUAACUACUCUCGAAGGAGAACUUCAAGAAACCACUCAAGCUAAAGAACAAGCACUUACUGAAUUAAAUCUUUUAAAAAAAGAUUUUGGUGCACAAAAGGAACUUGUAAUCACUAUAGAAGGAGAAUUAAAGCAAGUGAGAGAGGAAUUAACUAAAUCUAAACAAGACAAUCAAGAAGCUAGUAAGAAACUUGAAGAUUUAUCUAAAUUAUUAAGUGAUACUUUGAAACAACGAGAUGAAGGAGAGAAUAGAAUCCAAGUUUUGGAAAUUCAACUUCAAGAAUUGUCUGCAUCAAACGAAACUAAUGACCAAGAAGCUUCAAUUCUUCGAGAAGAAUUAUUCAAUGCUAAACAUAAAAUGAGUGCACAGAAUCAACUUUUAGCAGAAUUAGGAACUCAAAUGAUGGCGGCAGAACAGGAACGUGACCAAUAUUUUAAACGUGAAAAGGAAUUAAUCAUGGAGCUUGAAGCCAAAGAAACUGAACAAAAAGUUGCGAUUGCUACACUUGAAUCAAUUAUCUCCUCAUUACGAGAAGAACUUGUUGAAGCAAAAACUUCAUCCCAGAUGGAUUUAGAAACGAUCGUUAAACUUAGAGAUAAUCUUGCUACUGUAGAAUUACAGUUAGACGAGGCAAAAAAACAAGAAGAGAGUCGUUCAAAAGUUGUAAUUGGACUUGAAGUUAAAUUGAAAGAAACUAAUGCUGCUAUAUUAGAAAAAGAACAAUUACUUUCCACCAAAGAUGCUCUUCUCAAAGAAUUAGAAGCUUCAACAGAAAAAGCCAAAAUUCAACUUGAUAAUGCAAGAAUUUCAGAAGCCAUCGAAUGUGAACGUGUUAAUGAACUUGAAGUUAAACUUUGUGGUAUUCAAACAAAACUUCGUGAAUGUGUAUCAUCUGACCUUGUUAUGGAAUUAGAAGUUACAGUAGUAAAUCCUGAUGAUUUAUCAACAAAAGCAGAAUAUGUCGAAUUGAAAGCUUCCUUAGUUAAAGUUAAGGCUGAACUUGAAGAAGCUAGAGCAGCAGCAGCAGAACAAACUAAUCUUAUUAAAACUUUGGAACUUCAAAUUCAAGAGGCUGAAAAACGUCGUGAUGAAGCAAGUUCUAAAGUUAAAGAUGCUGCAGAAGAAAUUAACAAGCUCAAAGAACAAUGUAUAAAUUUACAAUCUGAACUUGAUGAUGCAUACAAAGAUGCUUUAAUCCAUGGUUUCCAAAAAGUUGAUAUUUCCAUAGUCGAAGAUCUUAAUAAACAAUUGAGGAAGGCACGUAAUGAAUCUAAAGCAUAUCAGGAACGUGUUGAUAAAUUAGAAGAGAUGAAUAAAAAACUUGAAUCUGAUAAGAAAGGACAAGAAAAAACCAACGAAGAACUUUUAAAACAAGUUGAAAGACUUCAAAAGGAAAUAGAAACUUUAGCUGGAGAUUUUGCUGAUUCUACAAUUAAAUACGGUGAUACCGGUGAACUUUUGCAAAAACAAAAGAAACAAAUUGAUGGACUAGAUAAUUCUCUAAUAGAAAUGAAGAAUUUGAGAGAGGUUUAUUCUUCACCAACAAGCGAUGCUUCAUUAAGUGAUACAAUUACAA